AGUGCUUCGGUUUGCGUAAAAGGUUUUAUUUUGAAGGUGUCGUAAUGCUCAGGUAGUUUUUCGUGUGACUGUAAUCCUCGGACCAAACUCAAAUCCCUCAAUCAAAUCCCCCUCCAGCUAUCCAUCAAGCCUCAACCAUAAACUACAUUACACAUGUAUAUAUUAUGUAAAUAUUUAUGGCAAUGCAUUGCAUCAAGUAGAUUUUGUUUGUUUAUUUAGGCCCCCUCUCCCCAUCUUUCUGCUCUACCUUGCGCUGUGGUGAGUAGAUUUGUACGAUUUCCGAGUGUGUCAUAUUUUGAAUCAGUUAUUCAUAUCACUAAUCGCUCUUGUUUUUGAGUGCCAUGUAAUUUCCAAACUUGAUUUAAAAAAUGCUACUUGAAUCGGUUGAAUUUAAGAUCCUGACGAAAGUUUUAUACUUAGAUCUGUUAUACUUUCAAAAAGAUUUUAUUUCAAUUUUCUUGGGUAUGACAAAAUGAAGACGUAACAAUAAAUAUCCCUUUUUCAUAGUAAGUGACCUUAAUAAUCAUGCAGGACUUUUCAGCUGCAGAUAAGCAGGCAUUUCUGAAUGACCUUAGACCAAAAUAUAUUUUGUCAUCGCUUUUGAUAAAAAGAGUAAUAACUCGUGAAGAGACAAAAGAAAUAAUGAAUGCUGGUGAAACAACUGCACAAGUUGAAAAACUUUUUAAAAUUUUAGUUGAAAAAACACCUGAUGCCAUGCACGAAUUUAUAAAAGUUCUGAAAAAAGAUGAAGAUGGAUGUGAAACAUACCCAUGGCUGGCAGAAAGAUUAGAAGUGCAUUUUAACCAGCUAACUAAUGUUCUAAAUGAGACGUUAGCAAACGGAGGUGUGCCGUUUCAAGUUAAUUAUCACCUUUUACGUGAAACGAAAGUUGUCAGAGUUCGUACAGAAUUAAAGCAAGCAGUUAUAAAAGCGAAGCUAAAUGAAAAUCGUCAUUGGAUUGUAAUGUUUGGCCCUGUCGGAUCUGGAAAAACCGUUUUAGCAGCUGACGCUCUAAGAAACUUAAAGUUGUUAGAAAAUGAGUUUCCUGAUGGUAUUUUUUGGAUUCAAGUUGGUUAUCUUGAUAGUGAAGAAGAAGUUAAACUUAAAGUUAAGAAAAUGUACAAGUUUUUAGAUGCUUAUCCUCAUAUUAAACAAAAUGAUUCUUAUGGAAACGAACAUCUGGCUCAUGAAAGUUUAUUAGAAGAUUUAAGAAGGAAAAUAUCAAAACUCCCCAGAAUUCUUCUAAUUCUAGAUGAUGUUAGGUGUUCCAGGAUUAUUAGGGCAUUAGACGUGGGCUGUCCUAUUUUAGUAACUACAAGACAUAAAAAUGUAGUAGAUGAUGUUUCUUCAUAUGUUACUUACAUAAAUUGUCAGGAUGACUUGGAAAAAACUGAAAUCAAAGAAUUAUUUUCUCUUCAUGUCAAAUGCAAACUUGAAGAGCUGCCUGAUGUAGUUGAUGAUAUUUGUGAAAAAUGUAAUGGAUCACCAAUGAUUGCUAAUCUGAUUGGAAGUAUGAUGCAAGAUUUUAAAGUGAAGGAGAGUUUUAUGGAGCUGAAUAAGAAACUCGCUGAGAGUGUCAACAACGCUUUUCGUCAGAGGUCUACCUCUAGAGACAAGUGGGAUAAAAAUAAAAAUAUGAUUACUUUUUGCAUAAAUGAGCUUGAAAAAUCUCUUCCAGAUCUAAAAAAAUAUUUCUUAGAUUUUGCAAUAUUUUACAGAGAUUUCCCUGUUCCUCAUUCAGUUCUUACUCUUCUUUGGGAAGGCUGUAUGAGUCCAUUUGAGAUCGAAGGUUUUAUGAACGAACUAUAUUCUAUGUCUCUCGUUCAGACUGAAAAGGGAAAAAAUGGUGAUUCCUACAAAAUCCAAAGCAUUUGUCUCGAGGCCUUAAAAGACAUGUGCACGGAAGAGGAAAUAAUAGAACGACACCAGAUAUUUGUAAACAAAGUAAUGAAAAAAUGGGUAAUUGAUGAUACAAUUGAUUUUUCAUUGUUAGAUGAUAAAGACUACAUACCUUACACUAUUAGUUAUCAUUUAUAUAAGGCUGAGAGGUGUGAUUUGCUGGAAAAAGUUUAUUUUGACUUGAAUUUUCUGGAACAGAAAAUUCGUAGAUUGGAUCCUGAUUAUUUAUUUCUGGAUUUUCAAAAUUAUGGAGAAUUCUUUCCAAACAAAGAUGACAUUGAGAUGUUUAAAUCAUUUUUACAUCGCUAUGCUAAUGAAAUAUGUUCUGUAGAAAGUGACAUUGUCCAGUUAGCUCUUUUUGAACCAAAUAAUUCUGCUGUUUAUCAAAAAGCUAAAAUAAUAGCGCAGAAAAAAGGCAAGCCUUAUUAUGAUUGGUUUAAUAAAGAAGAGAGUAAAAUGAAUUUAUUUAAUUUCCGUCGCAUGCAAGUAGAGAAAUUGUCGCACACAACUUACAAUUCCAAUGCUUCCCUCCUGGCUGUUGUUGGAGACAAGGCUCUGAUAAUAUCUACUGAGACCUCUGAGGUUGUGCAAGAGCUAUGUGGCCAUUCAAGUACUGUAAACUAUUGUGCUUUUGAUCACAAAAACCUGAAAAUAGUUACUGCGUCUGAUGAUAAGACUGUUAAAGUCUUUGCAAUCAAUCCUAUUGCAGGCUUCCAGAGCAAGAAAAGAUUGUCUUUAAAAUCAAGCCCUAGUCAGGAAAACGGUAUAGAAUCUCCUGUUGAUAAAUCUGUGUACACAUUUUUGUCGCAUGAUUCUAGAGUCCUUUGCUGUGCCUUCUCAAACAGUGAUACUCACAUAAUCUCAAGUGAUGAAGGUGGAUUGAUAUUUGUUUGGGAGUUAUUAUCUAGUGAAGCUAGAUUCAUCCUGCAUUAUAAGCAUAAAAUUUCCGCUGCUUCUAGUUGCAAGUUUGUUGCAUUUAGCCCUGAUGAUUCUGUAUUUGCCGCAACUGUUGGAGAUACUGUUCAUCUUUAUAAUUUUGAGACUGGCCACUUAACCAAAAUGUUAUUUCAUGAUGGCAUCUUCGUACAACAGUUUUGUUUCGUUGGCCAAGAAUUUCUUAUAUCUGCACAUGACAAUACCUUAUCAAAAUGGAAUCUUUCUUCAUCAGAGAGAGUUGAAAUUAAUGACGGUUGGAAGAGGAAUGAUUUGAUUGCUAGCUGCUGCGUAUGUGCCAAUAGCAUCUUGUUGGCUUGUGGCACAUCAUCUGCUGAAGUUAUAAUAAUAGAUCUCCGUUACCAGAAAAUUGUUGACUUUUUGCUUGGCCACUGCGAUGAGGUUGUCUCUGUUUCAUUUUCCAAAGAUGAUUCUAGGCUGCUGACUGGAUCUUUAAACCGAUAUAUCAUUUAUGAUACUUCAACAAUCAGAAAUACACCAUUCACCGCCUUCGAAAACAAUUUAAGUGUUCGAAAGAUGGCUGAAGAGAUAUUUAUUGCUUCAUCUGAUUAUUUCAACCAUGUAGAGGUAAGAAAAAGUGAAGUAAAUGAGUUAGUUUUCCAGUCUGACCCUGAAGAGUCCGAUAUCUCAGCAUGCUCAAUAUCUUAUGAUUGCUCAGAAAUUGUUUAUGGGAUGAAAAAUGGACACUUGAAGAUUAUUAAUUUAGCUACUAAUGCUUCAAGAUCAUUAUCCCCUUCUCAUUUAAAACAAGUUAAUUACAUACUACAUUCUAAAACUGAUCUCACAUUUUUUUCAUGCUCAGAGGAUACAACUAUUAAAGUUUGGAGAAAUGGAUCUCAAUCUCUCAUUUUAAAGGGUCACACUCAAUCUGUUACAAUGUGUGUGGCUUUCAAAACCGCAGAUAAAUUGCUGUCAUGUUCCAAAGAUGGUAGUUUAAGGGUAUGGGACACAAACUCUGGUCAGUUAUGCUUACCACGCAUUGAAGGUCACGGCAACCAGGUUAUAACUUUCUGUGAUAUAUCACGUGAUGAAAAACUUCUUGCUUCAGCUUGUGUUGACAAUACGGUGAAGCUCUGGAAUUCUGAGAAUGGAGAGCAUUUCAAAACUCUUGAGCUAUCUCAACCCCCACAAGAUCAUCAUGUUAGAUGUUGUAGAUUUUCUCCAAACCGUGAUAUUUUGAUCUCUGGUCAUGACAAUGGUGAUGUCAUUAUGUGGAUUUUCCAGGACAAGGUUAAACAUGUUUCAAAACAACCCCACCAAUCUAUGAUUCAUGACAUUUUAUUUAAAGAAGAUGGAUCUCAAUUUUUGACCAUUUCUCAAUUUAUUAAGAUAUGUGAUGUGGCUUCCGAAGACUAUCAGACUCUUGUACUGCCUAGUUCAGUCAUGGGAGUCAAACAACCCUGCAUUUGGGCAUCUGAUGACUUCAACAUCAUCGUUGCUGUUGUUAAUUACGUUUUGUACAUUCUGAAAAAGAUUUAAUGAGUGUCUUUUAUUUUUAUUUUUGUAAAACUUACAAAUUUUUAAUAUAUUAUUUUUGUGCUUGUUGUUCUUGCCUUCGUGGCAAGAAAUAGUGUUUUAUCAUCAGAAUUUGUUGGAUUUAUACCAAGUAAAGUUGGAGUAGGCCAAGUAAAUUUAGUCUGUGUUACAGGAAAAUAGCUUUUACUUUAAGAGCUUAACAGUUUUUGUUUGAAUCAUGAAUUAGGCAAAUCUUUGAAGCUGCUUUGUUAGAGGCUGUGUCACAUGUAGCUGCACAUUUGUCACAACCGCAAACUGGAUGAAAGCAACAAAUUUUUUUAACUAUAAACACAUUUCUUCUAAUCAAAAUUAUGAAGCUGAGUUGAGAAAACAUUGUGGAAAAAAAAAAAUUCUAUUAGUUGAUUGCAGUUUUUUGCUGUACAAAGAUUUAUUCCACUUUUUUUUAGUAAAUAAGUUUAAGCAUCAUUAAGUUUUAUGUAUAACUUUUAAAUACCUUUAUUAAUUUUGCUACAUAUCUGUUAGGUUAAACUGAAUUUUUACAAUAAUCUCAAUCUGGGAUUGGACAAUUUUGAUUUAUGAAAAUUAUGCUGCAGAUUUAUUCCAUAAAUUCUGCUAGUAAGUUUACUGCUUAUGAUAAAUUCACCUGCAACUCUUAUGUGAAUGAGCAGCACAUCCAACAAUUUCUGUGAAACGAUCAUAGGCUAGUUUUAUUUGGCCUACCCUGUAUCUUUGCUAUCUGCAAAAAGUAUGUUAAUGUUUUAGCCAAAUAUUAUUCUGUUCUAUUUAGAUGAUCCUACAAAAAAGUUUUAUUGUUUUCUUGUUGUAUUGUCUGUUGCAUAUUUUAAUGGGGAGUGCAGUAUGGGAAUGGAAAGUGGGAAAUUAAUACUCAUCUGCUCCCAGAUCUAAAUUUGGGUAGCGUAUUUUGUGCAUACUCCAGUAUUAUUUUUUGAUCAUCAAUAAGGAGAAAUCUCUGACCUUAUGGGUCAAUAUGGUAACUGUUACUUUAAUAACCAAAUGAAAAUUUAAAUUCGUCUGUAAUAUUUUUUAUUACUUUUCAGAAUUUGAAGUUAUUGUAUGCAACAAGUUUUAUAUCCUUUGUCUUUAGUUUUUUUAAGUCGUUUUUUUUUCCUUCCAUUUAAUAAAGUCUCAGUGAUUGAACUUUUUUUAAAAAAAAUAUUAAAGUUUUAUUAUGAUUAUUUUGUUAGUAAUAAAAAAUAAAUAAUUAAAUAUUAAUACCGGGAGUAGGGGUAAAGAAGAGCUCAGUUAUUGAGGGUAGGGGUAAAGAAGAGCUCGGAGGUAUUUUCUACUUUUUACCCUUACAUGCCCAGCCAGACAUGUACCUCAAUAUUUAGUCAGAAAUAAACUAAAAUAUUUAGUCGUGCCUUAAA